AUGUCUGACCGUGAUAAUUUAGAGAGUGAAAGUGAUCAGCCUCCUGAAAAGAAAGCAAAAUCACACUAUGACACACUAUCAAGUCAUCAAACCCAACAAUCAUCACAGGGGUCACAAAAUAUUAUUAUCGAAACUGGACAUCACCAAUAUCAGUUAAACACAAGACAUAAUAUUAAUGUUAUAGUAAAUAUUAAUAAAAAAGAACGUCAAAAACGAUACAGGGAGAAGAACAGAGAUAAAUUGAAGCAGCGUGAAGCGGAAAGAAGAGAACGCAUACAAUAUUCACAAAAUAUUGCCGGACCAUCUACCUCUUCAAACACGAAUAGAAUAGAACUGAAUAAUGAAGAAAUAAUUGCUGCUCAAAGUUCAUCUGCUUCGGAAAAAAUACAACCAUCAUUUAUUCAAAGAAAUGAUCAAGGUAAUGAACUAAAUGCUCUCCAAAAAAAAAGAGAACGUCAACAAAGAUACAGGGAGCAGAACAGAGAUAAAAUGAAACAACGUGAAGCGAAAAGAAGGAGGCGUCUACAAAAUGCAGAUGUGUCGACAGAAUUAUCUACUUCUCCAAACAUCGAAUUUACAUAA